CAGGAUUCCAUGUUGUUAGUGUUCGUGGUGGGAGGGGGGGAGGGGAGGGUGAUAACAUGGCUCUUGGUGGAAGUGGUGACGGGAGCGCUAAGGUACGAGAUGUUGGCGGUGGACAGGCAGAGACGAAAAUAGAAGUUGAAAAGGAGUUGGCUGUGAAAAGUGAAGACAAAAAGACAACUCUAUUGUUUGCUGGAAGGAGGAAGGUAUUGUGCUGCUUUGCCAACAAGCUCAGACUUCAAAACAACAUAUGAUUUUCAUUUUGUUUUUUUUUCCGGAAUCAAAAUAUGCCAUUGCUGGAUUCUAUGUAUCAGAACCAAAAAUGAUUGUGGCCCAGUAGAAUUGCUUGUCCCGAGGCUUCCUCAUGGAGGUUAGCAGAAACUUUUAAACUUUUGUCUACAAUAAAUGAGGCUGUGCAGAAUCAAAUAGUACUGUGGUAGAAUUAUACGAGUUGGUCUUGCCAUAAUUGAUCUCCACAAUACGAUCGUAUAGAACAAUUGUAGGACCACGGACACUGUAGGACCAUGGGGACACUUUUAGACUUGAAUCUGAAGAC